CUUCCUCUACCUCUUCAUUUCCAACCUUCGAUCUUCGACCUUCACUCUCUCGACUCCGCACCCUUAUCUGAUAAGAGCGCGUUAAGUGAAACGCGAAAUCGCCACGAGUCCAGUGACUUGCAAGUCAACAUGGCCCAAAGACGACAGGCACGGAAUAUCCGGGGCCCGCGCUCCGCUUUGACAGACUUCCUUGCUUCAAAUAAUAUUUCGGCUGCACAAAUUCGAGAUGAUUAUGACCGUCGAGCCACAGGGGCAGCACAGCAGUCUCCUGAAGCUGAAGCCGAAGCCGAAGCCGCUCAUUCGCCCAAUACCGCUGAAAGCAAUGGCUCCCCAGAAACAAACUCCCCAGAGGAUGUGACCAAAAAGCGCAAACGGCAACAGGCUAUUGCCAAAAUCAAAAAUUCCAAGGCUUUUGCACGCCGUAAGGCACGACGCACUGGGGACGAUGACGAUGAUGAUAAUGCCCUUGCCGGGCAGAUGGUUGAUGAGAAGCAACGUCCAAAUCCAGGCCAGCUAGAAAACUGUGAAAUUUGCGAGAAGCGUUUCACAGUCACUGCAUAUAGCAAGACCGGUCCCAAUGGAGGUCUGCUAUGUGCCGAUUGCUCUAAGAAGCAAAAGGGGGACGAGAAAAAGGCCCCUGCUAAGAAGCGUGGCCCUGGCAUCGGUCGCCGUCAAAACCAAGCCAACUUGCUCGACGGUUUGACUCUGCAUGGGACUCAGAGCUUGUUGGAAACUUGCAUCAAGGCAUUUGCUGAUAAUAUACACGAUGUUGAUGAAUUCGGUGACCUGCCUCCAUCAUUGCUGCUCCGUCUUGGUCAGAUCUUGUCUAGAAGACGGGCUGUGACUUCUCGGACUUUGGAAUUGUUCUUGCGCCCUCGUUACAAGUCCAUUGACCUGUUUGACUGUGCUAAACUUGGUACGGAUGAUUACCACAAAAUUCUUGCCUCUAUGCCUCACCUCACUAGAGUCAAUCUGCGUUUCACCACUCCAAUGAAGGACUCUAUUUUCGAUUACAUGAUCGAAAGUGAUAUGGAAAUCAAAGACCUUCAUCUGGAUGGGCCAAAUCUGGUGACUGAUGACUGCUGGCGUCGGGUUUUUAAGAAGCUCGGUCACAGACUGCAGGGUCUGAAACUCUGGAAUUUGGAUUCUGCUUUCGAUGAUGAGACUGCUCUGGUAAUGUGCAACAAUUGCCCUAACCUUCAGCGACUGAAAUUGAAAUUUCUCGCCAAAAUCGGAGACAAAACGCUCGAGGCAAUCUCUACUCUCAGGCAUCUUCAGCAUUUGUCAUUGCAUCCAAUGCCAGAGACCAAGGCGAAAACCGAGUCUCUUGUUCAAAUCAUUGCCGCUGUUGGGCCUAAGCUCAAUACUCUGUCUCUUGAGGAGUUUGAGUUUGUCGAUGAUCGUCUCCUCCAGCACAUCCAUGAGCAUUGCCAUGCUUUAUCCAAGCUUCGGCUUACCCUGAAUGCGACCUUCACCGAUCAAGGAUUAGCCGAUCUUUUCCAAGGGUGGUCCAACCAGGCUCUUACCUAUGCGGACUUUCAUUCUCUCCGAGAUGUGGACAUGUCAAAUCCCACCGGUCCCCCGGAGCCUGUCGGGCUUGCAUCCAAUGGUUUUAUUGCCUUGAUGAAGCACUCGGGCUCAAAACUCCAACACUUGAACAUUGCCUCUUGUCGCCACGUUUCCUACAAGGCAUUCGAGGAAGUGUUUGCAGAGGACAAAAAAUACCCUGAUCUCAAGUACCUCGACAUCUCCUUCAGCACUGCGGUGGACGACUAUAUUGCUCAGUGCAUCUUCAGAUGUUGUCCAUCACUGCAGAGGUUGGUUGUUUUUGCUUGCUUCAAAAUCCGUGAUAUCCACAUCCCUAGAGGACUUGCCGUCAUUGGCACUGUGGGUGCAAACCUCAAAGUCGAUGGAAUUACUCAAUCUGAAACCAUCUAA